AUGGAGAAGGUCCAAUACAUAACCCGCUCUGCCCUGAGGAGAGCCUCAACUAUUGAGGUCAACCCACAAGCACGCCAAAGGCUCCAAGAGCUCUUUGUGAAUUUCUGCCUGAUCUUAAUUUGCCUCUUGCUGAUCUGUAUCAUUGUGAUGCUCCUCUGAAGUUCCAGCACUUCUCUGCACUGCCCUCUAGGAAAGUCACCCAAAAGGGAAGAGAGACCUACACCUGCAACUCCCAAUGCAAGGAUCCUCUUGUGAGAGGGGCUAGCACUUGGACUAGAGCUGUGUGCCAACCAUCACACAAUUCUCUUUCUACCUACCAUGUAUUAAAACCACACUUCUGU